AUGACAAACCUAUGGAAGGACCUGGAGAUCUGGACGACUCGAUUCAAAGUUACGCUAAGGUCUUUAACGCAGCCCUCUACUGCAACCCAUCAUUCAUGGCUUUCUCGGUGCAGUUCUUGGUCUGCGCAUCAAACCAGCAUCAACCCCAAUGACCCUAUCCCAAUGCUUUCAUGCAUUGGGUCGGCUCCCAGUUCUCCCCACGCCCUCAAAGAAGCGAUCCGUGGGGGUAUUCGCCUCCCACCCGAGUUACUGGAAAUCAACGCUGCUCUGCGCCGCGAACGAGCUCACGACAUUGACCUGGAGAAAUCCCGCAGGCACCGCUCUAGACGACAGACCGAGGAUCCAAUCGCAUAUGAGCAGCGCGUUACUGCUGAUAAGAAGUCCUGGAGUCUGAAGAACCCCGACAAAGUGCUUUGA